AUGCUUCUUCGAAGUCUGCUGCUCCUGGCUGGAGCUCAGUCUGCCUUUGCUAAGUGCAAAUGUUCCCCUACUGAUGAUUGCUGGCCAUCUGCCGACACAUGGAACGCCUUGAACAGCUCCGUUAAUGGAAAGCUUGCGCGCAACGAACCGAUUGCCCGACCGUGUUACCACGGCCCAGGGUACAGCUCCGAGCUCUGCCAGGAUAUCAGCUCCAACUGGACAAACAAUGAAUACCUGGCAACCUUUCCGGUUGGCUAUAGCUAUCCGCUCGUGGAAAGCUGUCCCCCUGUCAACGCCAUGCUGGCUGGCUACCCCCAAUGCGACCUGGGCAACUACCCUGUGUAUAGUGUCAAGGCGACAACGGCAGCGGAUGUUGCUGCCGGGAUCAAGUUUGCGCGGGAUCACAAUGUGAGGCUAGUUAUCAAGAACACCGGACAUGACAUUUCGCAGCGAUCGCAAGGAUACGGCAGCCUCUCCAUUUGGAUCAAGUCUAUUAAAGAUGGACUUCAUUUUCACGAUGGAUACGUCCCUGGAAAUGGCUCUUGUGCAUCUAACUGGACUGGAAGUGCGAUCACCGUAGGUGGUGGAUACGUGUGGGAGGACGUCUACGAUUUUGCUGCCAAGCAUAAUGUCAUCGCUGUUGGUGGAGCGGAUCCGACUGUCGGUGUUCUUGGAGGCUUCAUGCAAGGGGGUGGCCAUGGCCCCGUAAGCCACUUCUUCGGACUUGGGGCAGACCAGGUUCUGGAAUACAAUGUUGUCCUGGCCUCGGGGCAGCUUGUCACGGCCAACGCAUGCCAGUAUACAGACCUCUUUACUGCCCUCCGUGGAGGUGGUGGAGGCACCUAUGGUGUGGUCUUAUCGGCCACGAUCAAAGCCCACCCGACGCGUCCUGUUCUGGGUCAUAAUCUAGACGUCAUUGCACUUCACGGAAACGACGAUGCGGUUCUCACUGCAACUGGCAACAUAAUGUCGAAAUUGCCCGCUAUUUCCGACGCAGGGUACUCUGGCACCGCUAUUCUCUCGGCUAUAGCUGGACCGUUGGUCUAUACACAUCCUUUCCUGAACCUGCUUGACAACAAUUCCACCGAGACUCUGGAGAGCGCCAAAAACGCCAUGAACCGGCUUAUCCUGGAUGACCUGCUGCCGCACAACGGAACCUCGUAUCUGGUUCUAUCCACUUUCACCAGUUACCCGUCAUUCCAUGCAUACUACUCCAGCACGCACCACACAACCCCCGGUUCGAAUAGGCCGAUUAUGGCGUCAUGGCUUUUCGAUAGGCAAACACUGGAGUCUCCUGAUAAGAAUCUGACGAGCCUCCUUGAGACAGUCACCACGGAGACAGUCCGCAACAGCACCCUUUGGGCAACCUUGUUCAAUAUCGUCGCCGGUGGAAAGGUUCUCGAGCCCGUCCCUCAUACGUCCGUGAACCCAGCAUGGCGGAGCUCUCACCUCCUAUUCCAGCAAAUCGAUGCCUGGCCCGACAAUGCCGGCACCGAGGAGAUCCAACAAUAUCGAAGCGACCUCACCAACAUUAAAUUGAAAGCGAUGAAGGACAUGGCUCCGGGCAUGGGCACCUAUCUAAACGAGGCUGAUCCGUACGACCCGGACUGGAGAAAAGACUGGUUUGGAGACAAAUACGACUGGCUUGCAUCUGUCAAGAAGAAGUAUGACCCAGAAAAUGUGUUUUGGUGCUGGCGGUGCGUUGGAAACGAGGGUUGGCAAGAGGUGACGGGGGGCGCGUGGUUCGGGCCGCUGUGUGAGACUGGGAAGUAG